AUGACGCCCCCGGCCCGAGGACGGGGGACUAGCCAACGCAGCCCGACCGUCCUGGUCACAGAUUCCCGCGAUCAGCAACCACCUUCAACACCCCGACGCCGACGCUCCCCCGCAACCCGCUUCAUCACCGUAGACAAUGUCCUGCAAUAUGCGUCGGAUGUUCCCUCAAUGCAACAACGAGGCCCACCACCGAUCUCAAGAUCCAGGCGUCUAGCAUCCGCCGCUGGAGGCUUAAUCGGCAGCUCGGGAAGCAGCAGCUCCAGCGCCGUAGCCGCAGGAGGCAAGGCCCGCCGCCUAGCUGCCCAGCCGCGUCUUCCACCCCGAACAACGAAAGUCAGUGAGAAGCUAGUCCUCCUGCCCGACACGGGCGAGCUGGAAGAACACGAGAUCGACGAUGACGAGGGGGAGGAUGCCGACGAUGCGGACGUCGUGGACGAGGAGGUCGUUGCUCGAAUUGCCCGCGAGAAAAACGUCGAUCCAGAAAUGGUCCGGCAUCAAUUGCUAGUGCAGAAGCGACUUGGUGGCGAUUUCGGCGUCGACAAUGAUCUUGCACCGUUGCUUGCUGAGGAGGAGAUCUUAAGGAAACGGCGUGUUGCGCCGGAGCGAGCGAAGAGUUAUGCGGAGCGGCUUCCAAAGGCGCGUCGGACGGAGAAGCUGGCGCGUGUGACGGCUUAUUGUACUGCCCAGGCUUAUAAGAUGGGCUCGCUUGCUUCUUUUGUGAAGGAGACGCAUGGUGGACGCACGAAGCUUUAUGAUGAUUGUCUUUAUACGGCUUAUCAUUUGCCGCUUCUACCUGGUCAUGAUGGUUAUCGGUUGCGGAGUAGCCCUGUGCUGAAGUAUCCCGGUGGGAAGUCCUUGCUGGAUGAGGAAAUUGAGCGCAAUGAGCUCCGCGAUCAUCAUGAUGAUUUCGGCGUCGAGUCGGAGGAGCAUUCUGUUGGUGGUCGGAAUCGUCCUGAUCAGGAGCAUCAUUAUGAGGCUUCGCCGAGGGAUUCGGACAAUCAUACUUCUCAUGAAGAGCAGCGGACGGAGUUUUUGAAUCGGAUCACCGAAGAGGCUCAUCGUCUUCCAGACGAGCAUGAGCACGCUGCUAGCUCUGGCGAGAGCGUCGAUGCGCUGCAGCAUGUUCCACAGUCUAAUGGGGCUGAGGAGAAUCGCCCGCCAUCACCUGAGCCUGCUCUCCGUCGUCGUCGACAUAGCACCGAUGAUAGCCAUGCUUUACUCCGAGAUCGUCCCUCCCCACCACUCCAUGCAUCAUCCGCGCCCUCGACGCCCCAAGCCCCGGCCCGCACUUUGUACAACGUCGCGGAGAUGUUCGUCUUCAGCUACGGUGUCGUCGUCUUCUGGAACUUCACAGAACGCCAAGAGAAAGAUCUCCUGGCCGAUCUGUCUUUCGCCACAUCCUCUGCAACGGGUAUCCCCAUCCCACUAGCGACAAUGCCACUUGACGAAGAAGACUUCGAGACAGAAGAAUUCCACUUCGAAUACUCGACCGAGAUUCUUCGUCCUCGUGUCUACAACGACAUGAUCACCCUCCGCAGUGGCGACCACAUGAUCAAGCUGGCCAUCAGUCACGGCAUAUCCCAAAGUACAAAGCUAUGCUUCUUCGAAGAAGUCAUGGCCCGCCAAAUGGACGAAGCAAAGGACGUCCCGAGACGGCUCGCCGUCACAGGCCAACUAGGCAUGAAACGCGAAGAAGUCUUCCGAAUCCUAGGCCGGCUCUUCAAGAGUCGUGUCGAAGUCAACCUAUCAUCAAACAUGCUCGACGUUCCGAACUUCUUCUGGGAAAGUGAACCAACCCUCUACCCCCUCUACAUCGCCGUCCGCGAAUACCUCGAAAUCAAACCCCGCAUCCAAGUCCUCAACGAACGAUGCCGCGUCUUCUUAGAUCUUGCUGAGAUCUUGUCAGACUCAAUAGCUGAUAACCGCACUUCCCACCAAACAUGGAUAAUCAUCGUCCUAAUCGUAAUCUCCAUCAUCGUCACCAUGGCCGAAGUCUUCCUCCGCUUCGGUCUUCUACAUGCCCGCGAGGGCGAAGGCGCUGCCGGUACGCCUGUCAGCAUCAUUGCUCGUGCUAUGGGCAGGGGCCGGUCUGUUCCUUCUCCCGUUGGGGGUUGGUAUCCCGCCAAUCUGCCUGCUGGGUGUGUUUGUCCUUCUUUGGGGGCUGGCGCUGGGACUGGUCUUGACGGGGGUGUCAGUGGAAUGAUGGGGCUCUGA